AUGUGUGGGCGUUGUGUGCAGGCCAAACUGCAUAUUGUCCUCGAUGCUGACUUGAAAAGUGCAUUCAGUUGGAACACAAAGCAGGUGUUCCUCUUUGUCCUGGCUGAAUAUCAGACAGAGACAAACCAACUCAAUCAGGUGGUGCUCUGGGAUGCCAUCAUCCAACAACAGAAGGAUGCAAAGAUCAGGAAGAAGAAACUGCGCCAGAAAUACACUUUCGACGAUCAGGGCCGCAACUUAAGAGAUCGGGCAUUCAACCUGACAGUUGCAUGGAACGUUAUGCCUAAAGUUGGUCGCUUGUUCACUCGAUCACAAACCUUUGUUGGAUUCAACAUGCCAGCCAACUACACAAACAUUGGCCGAGGAUGA